GGCCACUUCUGCUUUUUACUUAGUGCCCAGGACACGCAGUUUUCAAAGCAGAUAAACUAAGGAAGGAGGAAAAGUCAGGAGAGCUGCGGAGAGAGGCCAAGCUGUCCAGGAAUAUUGUAAAGAAAUACAUCAUUAAAGAUCAAGAUAGGAAUUCCAGCUUCAUCAUCUGCAAGACACAGAGAGAUCAAUACCAGUGGGACCAAUGACUGACCGCCAUGUACAUUAUAGCGCGAUGUUACUGAUUUUCACCCUGCUAUGGAGAGAUGCAAGCACACAGUUUUAUAAUGGAUUAAUUGUAUCGUCUCCAAGAAAUGUGGAAGUCCAGGCCGGACUCUGCGUGCACAUCCCUUGCACUUUUAAUAUUCAACCAAUAUACACCCCCUCCAGGGAAACCAGAGGAAUCUGGCUCAAGGGAAAUGCCUUUCCAAUGAAGACUGUGGCUGUUAAGAGUGGUAAUGAUUCUGAAAAUAGAAGGGAACGGAUCUUUCUUACUGGAGAUGUCUGGAGAGGAGAUUGUUCCCUGAUGAUCAACAAUGCAAGACACCAAGAUGCUGACUAUUAUACUUUUAAAUUAGAGGAGGGAGUCUUACAACAUACCUUCAAUAACUUCAGAACCUUUGUGAGAGUAACUGAGUUAUCAGAUAAACCGGAGAUCUCUCCUGCCGGAAUAAUUGUUGCUGGUCAGGGGGUGACGUUGAGCUGUACAAGUCCUGGGAGAUGUUCUGGAAAACCUCCAUUAAUCAAAUGGGAAGGAAAAGCUAAAAUGAAGACAGAAAUAAUAUAUGCAAUAAGUAAUGAAGACGGCACCACCACUCACUCUUCCAACAUCACCUUUGUUCCUUCAAUUGAAGAUGAUGGACUUCUACUGACCUGUACAGUGAUUUAUGAAAAUAAUGUGACCACAAGGAAUGGCAUCUUGCUGAGUGUAAAAGUCUGCAGGUCUGUGGGUCCUGACCUCAUUGCCGGGAUGGUUGCUGGUAACGUUGUGAUCCUGAUCCUGAUCGUGGUGGGAACUUACUGCUUUCUGAAGAGACACAUGGAGAAAAGACUUCUAGUAAAAGGCUCGGAAGCACAAGGAGCAGAAAGCACUUACCAGGACUUAAUAGGGCAGAAAAAUGACAUCUACUACAGCAUAAGGACGCAAUGAAGACAUAGGAACAUCCUUGUAGAAGAGAGAUACAACCCAGCAAAAAUGGACAUUCCAAGCUUCAGAUCUUAUCUUGCAGAUCAAUUCUUUAUUUUUGUAUUUGACUAAUCUACUCUUAUAAAUGUAGUAGCCAUUAAUUUCUCUGGAAGGUUUUGGCUAGGAUGGGUUUUGGAGAUAGAUUUAUUGAUAUGAUUAAACUAUUAUAUAGAUCUU